GACGGUUCGCGGGCUCCCCCUAGAGGCUACCUUGCGGUUCUGCUGCCGGACGGCGGCGCGGGCCUUAAUCAGAGGGGAGCCGGGAGUUGUAGUCUACGGACAGUGGCUGCCACGGAAUGAUGCACGCCGGGAAUUGUGGUUCUAGGGAGGGGCGGUUGGCCCAGACCCGGCUCCGGCCUCACCCGUAUGGCGGCUGCGACACGCGGCUGCCGGCCCUGGGGCUCGCUCCUCGGGUUGCUGGGGUUGGUCUCGGCCGCGGCCGCCGCCUGGGACCUGACUUCGCUGCAUUGCCACUUCGGCACCUUCUGCGAAUGUGACUUCCAGCCUGACUUCCAAGGUCUGGAGUGUGACCUGGCCCAGCACCUUGCCGGCCAGCACUUGGCCAAGACGCUGGUGGUGAAGGCACUGAAGGCCUUCGUGCAGGACCCAGCCCCCACCAAGCCACUGGUCCUCUCCCUGCAUGGCUGGACAGGCACUGGCAAGUCCUAUGUCAGCUCCCUGCUGGCGCGCUACCUUUUCCGGGGUGGUCUCCGCAGCCCUCAUGUACACCACUUUUCCCCCGUCAUCCACUUCCCCCACCCCAGCCACGUGGAGCGCUACAAGAAGGAUCUUAAGAGCUGGGUCCAGGGGAACCUCACUGCCUGCAGCCGCUCCCUCUUCCUCUUUGACGAGAUGGACAAGCUGGCCCCAGGCCUGAUGGAGGUCCUGCGACCUUUCCUGGGCUCCUCUUGGGUUGUGUUCGGGACCAACUAUCGCAAAGCCAUGUUCAUCUUCAUCAGCAACACUGGUGGUGAGCAGAUCAACCAGGUGGCACUGGAGGCGUGGCGCGGCCGCCGGGACCGUGAGGAGAUCCGCCUACAGGAACUGGAGCUGGUCAUCUCCCAGGCUGUGCUGGACAACCCGCACCAUGGCUUCUGGCGCUCAGGCAUCAUGGAAGAGCAUCUCCUAGACGUCCUGGUGCCUUUCCUCCCACUGCAGCGGCACCACGUGCGGCACUGCGUGCUCAACGAGCUGGCCCAGCUGGGCCUGGAGCCAAGGGAUGAGGUCGUCCAGGCUGUGCUGGACAGCACCACCUUCUUCCCUGAGGACGAGCAGCUGUUUUCCUCCAAUGGCUGCAAGACUGUGGCUUCCAGGAUUGCCUUCUUCCUCUGACUCUCUAGAUGGCACCCUUGCCCUCCUGGCCAGGCUGUGCAGGAGAGCCCUGGGGCCUCUUCAGUAGGGACUCUUUUCCUGAGCCUCCUGGAGAGUGAGACCCAGAGUCCAAAGUGAAGAUGAGGAGGCAUGUUGGCCAGGCCAUGGGCCACCUGCCCUGGCCUCUUAACUGCUCUCAGGGCAUCUUGGCCUUUGCUUCCUUCCCUAGGGAAACCACUGGUGACCCCAGAACUUCAGUGAGACUUGACCUUGCCCUCCAGCUUGAGCCUUCUUAAAAUGUGAAUUGUAACUCAGGGACUGUGGCUCAUGGCUGCUCCCUCCCUCUUCAGUCUUACUCUUGGCCCCUUGGUCUGGCACCAUAUUCUCAAUCCUCCAUUCCAUACCCUAUGUCCCAGUAUCAUAAAGCCAAGCUGAGACUUCUCAGUCUCCAUGAACAGAUGGACACAAGCUGCCACCUGGGCCUAGUUUUUAAAGUUUUUAAUUUUAUAAGAGAACAAAUACAAUAAACUUAGUCAUGGGACCAGA